AUGGCAGCGAUGGUGUGUAUGUCCAUCGUGCUAGAUUGGUCUCCCGUGCUGGGCCGGCCUUCAACAGAAAUCGACGAAUCCCGGCAGGAAACAGACCGAGGGGAUCAGCUCAUCGAUGAAGCCUUUCUCAUGAAGAAGCCUUUCAGACCUACGCGGCUUCCAGGGCUUCUGCUGCCCCUUCUUGGCAGAAAGUUGAAGUCGGUGAAGGAGGAGUACCCGCUAGCCCUGAUCUGUCGGUGUAGCCUCCUCGAUAACCGCACAGAGCACGUCAGCCGGCGGAUCAACCUCCAAUGCCAUCGUCAGUCAGGGAUGUUCUUAUCCGCCAACAACGGCCCCAGGGUGGUCAAGGGACUCAAGAUCCAGGGUCUUGGGGGAGGAAACACUCGGGUUUCUGUAACAAAGACUACUGGGCGGCUUGGCAGCCGGGGCGCGUUGAGAGGAUUCGCUUUGCUCUCUGUUCGCGGUGUGGUUGAUGCUGUGGCUCUCCCUGAGAGUACCAAUGAAGGCGUAACAGCGUGCAAUUGCCCUGUAUCCUUCACGGCUCUGCAGAAGCAGGCACAACUGCAGCCAAUACAACAAAUGGAGAUGGGCCCUCCACUCGCAGGUGGCCUUCGGUGA